AUUUUCAUGACAUGCUGAUUUGUUUUUAUUGACGAAACGUUGUUUUAAUUUUGAGUUUCGGAGGUCAUUCUAAAUUUUAAGCGAACUCAUGCAGAUUAUUUAAAUAAAUAAGCUAUAACUAAACAAAUUUUAGUUAAUUAACUUCAUUACUUUUUCCUGUUUAUUUCAUUGAACCCGAUAAUUAUGCAUCAGUAAAGAAUAAUAUUAGCUUCAAAUCUCUUUUGAAAGACAAGAAUCAAAACACCAAGCAAACUAACAGAUUGAAUAAAAAAAAAUAUUAGUGAGCAUCUUGAUUUAACAGAAAAUACCCUCAUAUAACAAAGGCAUCUCCCUCAAUAGCAUACAUUCUUGCAGAAUGUUAAGCUCUGUAAUGGCCGGAGAAAAGGAAGCAUCUGAAAAGGCUAUGAAUGUUACAUCUCCUCUUGGCCAGAGACUUAACUUUAAUGCAUCUGAAAACGUUUGGAAGCUAUCUAGCAGAAGUCAACAAACUAUAGAAGAAAAGGAGACUCUGAGGAGGAAAGUUCAGGCAGUAUUGAACAAACUAACAUUUCAAAAAUUUAAAAUUCUCUUUAGUCAACUCAAGAAAUUAAAUAUUGAUUCAUUAGAAGCAAUGGAUCUUGUUGUUGAAUUGAUUUAUGAGAAUGCAAUAUAUGAACCUUAUUUUUGUGUUCUGUAUGCAAACUUGUGCAAACAACUGGCAUCGAAAAUUCCUUUUGCUGGGCAAUCUGAUCAACCUUUUGACUUCCGCACCCUCUUGUUAUCAAAAUGCAUAAGAGGAUUUGAUGAGAAAUUCAGUAAUUUUAAACAAGAGAAUCAAGAUCUUCAAUCUCAAGAUAAUGAAGAAAGGAUUAAAUUGAAGGCUAGGUGGUUAGGAAACAUGAGGUUUAUGGGAGAGCUGUAUAAGUUCAAUAUGAUCCAAACUUCUGUAAUUCUGAGUUGUGCAGAUAUUCUUCUUAAACAAGAGGAUGAGGAUUCUUUAGAAUGUUUCUGCUGGAUAAUAAAGACUGCAGGAAAGGAAUUGGAAAAUUGCAAGGAUUUACCUGAAGAAAACCCAGUAGAUAAAUAUUUUGCUCAAAUUCAAAAGAUCGUUGACAGUCGAUUGACUAGUACAAGAAUACGGUUUUUGCUUCAAGACAUCAUCGAUUUAAGAGAGAGUAAUUGGAUUCCAAGAAGAGCCGAGAAUAGGCCAAGAACUAUUGAUGAAAUACGUAAAGAAGCGGCCUUGGAAGCCCAAAAACAAAUGCAAAUGUAUCAUAAAAUGAUAGCUAGUAAUGCAGCUGCUUGUAAUGAUCAAGUUGAUACAACUUGCCACAACUCUUGCUUUUGCGAUCAUGAAAGUGAUAAUCCAUCAGGAAGCACAAAAGUUAACUGUUCUGUCUCAAACACCUCCGAAUUAGAGCCACCUAUGGAAAUAAAAAAUCUUAUACUUGCUCGUGGAUGGAAAGGAAAAAAGAAAAAUUACAAUAAAAGAAAAUCUCAGAAUACUAGAAAUCAACCAGAAAACAGAAAUGAGCCUGCAAGCAGUUCUUCCAGAAAUGAGCUUUGACCUUUUGAUGAGAGAAUAUCCAUCACUGCAUUCUUCUAUACUGAUUGAAUCCUAGUCAACCUUUUCAGUUACAUAUUAAGUGCAAAAAAUUUAAAUGACACCAUUUAAAAUUGUCAUUUUUUUUUUCUUUUUAAAUUUUUUAAAUGAUGUUACCUACGUUCUGAAAUUGAUUAUGGAACUUGUCAGUUAUGUCAAUCUAUGAUUAAAAGAAAAAGCAUAAUUAUUUGUAUUAUGCUGUGUUUUAAUCAAAGAUAUAAAAACUUAUUUUUAUUAUUACUUUAUUAUUAAAUAUGACCUGUAAAUUUUUGGUUUA